CCUCACCCGCAUAGCUUCGCUAUAAAGGAAAGAAACAGAGAUUGAUUGCUUAAACAAAGAGAGAAAGAAAAAGAAAAGAACUCAAAAAGAAGAAGAAAGAUGUAUCAUCAAGAACAACAUCCUGUCGGUGCUCCUCCUCCCCAAGGUUAUCCUCCCAAGGACGCUUAUCCUCCGGCCGGUUACCCUCCAGCCGGUUAUCCUCCCCCGGGAUAUGCUCAGGGAUACCCUGCGCAAGGUUAUCCUCCGCAGCAAUACUCUCAAGCUCCUCAGCAGAAGCAAAACGCCGGUAUGCUUGAAGGAUGUUUGGCUGCUCUCUGUUGUUGCUGUCUCUUGGAUGCUUGUUUCUGAUCGGUGGAUUUUACAGGAGCCAACGAUUCUAUUUCAUAUAUUGUAAUGUAAUGUUACAAGACUAAAGAUUUUGUUGUCUCGUUCAACAAUCUCUCUUCUGUUGUUAUCUCUUUUCAAUUCGAAUUUGUCUUUAAAUUUUGGUGUUUUAUGGAUAAUUGUUGCCCAUCUAUCUCUCUCUCUCUC